AAAAUAAUGUUUACAGAGUAACCCUAUUAUGAGGCAAAAGUAUUCCUCAAAUCAUAUAACGACGCCCUUUCCUGUUUGAGGUACUUUUUGCUAUAAAUAAUUUAAAUAGAGAAGCAGCAGAAUACAAAGCCCAUGUUGAAUUUUAGGAAAAUGCUCUUUAAUCCCUUGCGAAUGCUCGUACAAGAUAAGAAGUAAUGAGAGUACAUAAAUUAGCUUGAUGUGAGAGAUGGUUAAGUUGUACCAGGACUUAAUUUUGCAUAAUCUAAAUAGACCAAGCUAUUCCAAUUCUCAAAGUAUAAAUUUUAGAUAAAAUUACAGUCAUGUGUUUUCAAAAUACCUAAAAGGAUUUGAAGAAUACACAGGCAGUUUUAAGGGCUUCUAAUAGAUUCUGAGCGAGGGUCUUAAGAAAAUGAAGUCAGAUGUAAAAUGAGAUAUGAUCAAUGAAAUUAUAUUAUUAUAUCAACAAAGACAGUAUAGUGGGU